UCAUCUUCCAAUAGCGCGAACACGGAUCGAUAUCCUGUUGUGCCGGAAGACAGUUGUGUGGCACCAAAUAUGUUAUUUAUUUUGUGAAGUAUUAUAAAUUGUUAUUCUAAAUGGAACACCAAUCAGACAUGGGAGCUUAUGGAGAAAAUCCAAAUGUGCAAAAUAGUGGGAACUAUAUCACAAUUAUACCUGUGGAUUAUUCACGACGGGGAUAUCCUAUGCAAGCUGAAUACCAGUAUAAUGAAUUUCGAUCUCGGGAAGAAUACUAUAGCGUCCAAAGCCAGAAGCUUCAAGCGGAGGUGAAUGCUCACCUGUACUCAGUGUCUCAGAGGCUGCCUCAUCUGUCAUACAGUCCGUUAGGUCGUCACAGCGACUGGGACAAACAUGACCCGCACAAACCUCUGCAGCCAGACUCCAAAGAUAGCAACAGUUCUGAUUCGCUGGAGAAAAGUGUUAUGGGAUCGAAUCUCAGCAGUUGUUCGAAUCAGACUGGGUCCAGCAGUAUCGCAGCAGGCUCCUUCAGCACCACGGAACCCAUUACCAGCGGAGGAAGUUCUUCCAGCGCGAUAUCACCACCACUCCCAGGUUCUUCUGGUAGCACAGCAUCAUCCUCCACGGUAUCUUCAAACCCAGUCACGUGUAUCUACCUGAUGUCACGUACUGCAGUCAUGAUGGAGAUGAGCUCCGAAGAAAUACCCUCGCAAGUGACGGCAUCUCGGUUCCUGAACGCUUUACUGGCAACUGAGGAGUUGGGUCUGUCGCAGCCGAGCACCAGGAGCUUGGCGGCGAAUGUGUUUGCCCUAUGGAUGUGCAGUCCAUUGCUUGAAAUCCAGUUGAAACCACAUCAUUGCCCUUGGAAGUUCUGGGCCAACUGGCAGAAGUUGGUGAACCGUUACGGCCACGCAUCGGAGUCGAGACGAAGCCGCGACCAGCCCGUGCUAAGGUUGCAGAGAAACGUGUUCUUCCCAAAGCAUUUAGAAGAAGGGAUAAAGGACUCCCGCAUCCAAGAGUUGCUGUAUGAGGAAGCUCGCCACAACGUGGUGACGGGGCGCUACCCCCUGGAGAGCGCGCAGGCCGUCAUGCUCGGUGGGCUUCAAGCGAGGAUACAGCUGGGGCCGUAUGACCCUCAUCGACAUACUGCUAAAUUCUUCAGAGCGCAGCAGGACAAGUACCUGCCGGUGCACGCGCGCAGCGGGCGCUGGGCGGCGCUGCUGCCGGCGGGCCGCAAGGGCAGCGCCGAGGCGCGGCUGCUGGAGCAGGCGCAGCGCCCGCCCGCCGCGCCGCCGCGCAAGCUGCGGCACAAGUACCUCGCGCACACGCGCACCACGCCCACUUACGGGGCUGCGUUCUUCCAAGGCCAGAUUGAACAGCCAGUGCGGAGUCUAACAAGCCUGCUCACGCACGAGGACAUUCCAGUACUCGUCGCCAUCAACUCCAAUGGAGUAUACGUCAUCGAUGAUACUGAAAGUACUGUUCUUCUUGGCCUGCUUUACGAGGAGCUGUCAUGGGAUAUUGGGUUGCCAUCAGAUGACAACGAAGAUUGCUUGCCUUGUCUUUUCCUACAGUUCAUGGUCGUUGAAAACGGGUUGAGAGUGUCCAAGAUUUUACAGGUAUUCUCCAAGCAGGCUAUCAUGAUGGAUACUCUGAUUGAGCACUUUGCGGGCGAAUAUAGGAAACGAUUGGGCCAGGAGACGCCAAGUGAUCACGCGAACUACGACUAUCAUUCAGAUUCAGGCAGCAUUUCUCUGCCUCCCCUAUCCCGCCCCGACUCUCCCCAGCGUCGACUUGCCAACAAGCUCUCCCGACUAGCCCUGGCCACGCACGACGGACGCGGCAACCUGCUCGGCGGCGCUGGCGACUGGAACAUAGACUUAGACCAUCCACAACCCUCAUGGAUACUGCCCAAACAUUAAAGAAGUACUGCCAGAUGUUCUUUAAACUAAAGAAAUAACGAGGACAAUGAGUAUGAUUAGCUGAUGAGACGAGGAUAUCAAAUAGUGUCCUUUAAUACCCUGCAAUAAGAUGGAUAUUCGCUUGGCAUUGGAAAAGUCAUGCCAUGCCCCAAUGAUAGAUACGGUUGUUAAUUCUGAAUAGGGUUUAGAUCUCUGAGAGGAAGCGAGAACGAGUUAAUCAGAUGUUAAAAUAGUUAAUAAAGUAUCCACACAUGUGAUCUACCCUGUGCUUAUAUGUAACUUCUGCAUGUUUAUUUCAAAAGUUUAUUAUGAUCUCAAACGUGAUAUUCUGUUAAUUGUAAAUAAAUAAAAAUCCGAUCGUGUUGUUUUGUUUAUUGAAAAAGUGAUAAAAACAGUCUAGCAUAAUUUAGAUCAACAUUUACUAUUAUUAAAACAUGAUAUUAGAUAGCAAAUGCAUAGC